CCUCACACGCUCUCACCAACACAAGAAACCACACGCUUACGAGACGCCACGGCGGCGGCGGCGGCGAUGGUGGAGCUCUGCGGCGGCGAGGGGGAGGGGCAGAUCAUGCUGGCGACGGAGCUGGCCCAGCUGCGGGCCAUGGCGAGGGAGCUGGAGGCGAAGAUGGACCCGGACAGGGUGGCCGCGCGGGAGCUCUGCAGGGCGCUGGCGUCGUCCGUCGACCGGUCCAUCCGCCUCGCCGCGUCCUGCUUCCCGCCGCCGGAGCACCCGCCCCCCGCCGCCGGCAAUGCCGGCAGGGACGCCGCGUUCAAGAAGAGGAAGGGGAUGGCCAAGGUGAGGAGGCAGGUGAGGGUGACGUCGGUGCAGGACACGGCGUCGCUGGACGACGGCCUGAGCUGGAGGAAGUACGGCCAGAAGGACAUUCUUGGCGCCAAAUACCCGAGGGCCUACUUCAGGUGCACUCACCGGCACACGCAGGGAUGCAACGCGACCAAGCAGGUGCAGCGCGCCGACGGCGACCCGCUGCUCUUCGACGUCGUCUACCUUGGCGACCACACCUGCGGCCAGGCCGCCGUCGCCGCCGCCGCCCAGAGCGCGCCGCCCGAGCAUGCCGGCCAGGAGCAGCAGAGGCAGAGCUCGCUGCUCGCUGCGGGAACGGAAGGAAUUCAUCAGCAGGUAGUGGCAGAGCCUAUGGCGGCGCCGUUCUUGUUCACCUCGACGGCGGCCGGCGGCGUCGACGACGGCUACUUCUCCUUCAUCUCGCCGGCGAACUCCGACUGCCAGUUCAGCAGCGACUUCUCGGCGGGCAGCGUCGGGGUUGACAUGGACCACGAGGCUCGUUUCGAAGAUCUUUUCUCGAGCACUCUUGAGUUUUUCCAAUCGGAGAUUCAGAAUCUGUAGGUGGCCGAAUGCACGCAGUAACCGUACUUUGUUAAAGGUUCGCAUCAGUAUUAGCUACUGGCCUACUCCAUACUACUCUGUACAGCCUCUAUGCUUUUUCCUUAUGAAUGAAUCUACUAUUAGUUGCUAAUUGUUCUUUUC